GGUCGGUUCUCGUGAUUUGUCUGUCGGUUGUCUCUUCGCGUCCUUUUCUCUGUCUCUUUCUUUCUCUCUCUCCCUCUUUCUCUAUCUCUGUCUGUUUUUCUUUCUUUCUCGCGCACGCUCGCAUUUACGGAGCGUACUGAUCUUCCGUGCGCCUCGGAUUCUUCGCGACCAACACAACGCAGUCUCGAGCAGUGAUACUUUCUCGAGAUCGUGCGAGUUUCAUCCCCGUAACGUACGGCAAAGUGCGAUCGAUAAGUUGGUUUUGACAAGCGCCACGAACUCCGGUCCUCUGACGAACCACUACCGCCAUUAGUUCUCGCCUCGCGUGCCGCAUCUUCUUGAGGAUUCCUUCCUGUCUGUGGAUAUUACUCGACGCAGGAAACCUCUCUCACAGCUGCUCUUUGUUGUGCGCUUUUCGCUUUUCAAAUGGCAUAGUUACACUCCAAGCGUCAAUGUGCCAUCACUUUGCCGGAUCAAGAGUUAUUGAGAUUUUUUGGAGUCAGUCGCUUUGUUUCUGAAUUAUUUGUGUGUUAUAACUGUAGAGGAAACCGACGGCGAAAGACAAUUUUGGGAUUCGCUGAUUCUUCGAAAACUCGAUGGAAAGACAAAAGGAACAAUACAUAGGAUGGGCCGAGUCGUACAGAGGAGUGUAGUUCAACAUUGAAGAGGGAGAAGUAUCUAGAAAAAGUAAGAGAAGCAGGAAAGAGGAAAGGAUGCCUGCUUCGUCACAAACUGCCGCGACUGAACGACGAAACGAUAGGAUGAUGACUCACGAACCACCAAAAUUAAAAACGACCUUAAAAACACCUCCUAAACAAGCGACCAAUCCUUUGCAAUUCGUCAAGGUCGGACCAUGUUCGCUCUAUCGAACUGCGCAAGAACAGCUACAAAAGGUCCAGGAGGUAAAAAAAAUUAAACAAGAAGUUCGUGAUGAUCCCGAAGAUUGGCAAUCGAAUUUAGAUAAUUGGAAGAGUAGCCGAAGGAAGAGACAGGAACAUAUAAUUGAGCGCGUGGUGGAGGUAAAAAAGCUCGAGUUAGAGGAACAUGAUCGUCAACGCCGUCGAAACAAAACUUUCUCGGAGAUGAUGGAAGAGCGCGGCAACAGAGGUCGUAAGCCGAGCAUUAGUUUAGCUGUGUACAACGACGAUGAUGCGAACGAUCUCAGCGACCUUGGAAUCGGUACCAGCAGCGGCAAGAGCUCGGUCAGCGGCGACACGCAUGACGACACACACAGUGUUCUGAGCGACAGGGACAGCGAGAUCGAGAAGAGCCAUUCGGAUGUAGAUAACGUCACCGAUAUGUCUACAACCGCUACAACGACGACAGCAACGAUACUCACGACUACAUUAGCGACAACAAUUGCGUCAACAGCCACAAUAACGACAUCGAGCGCAAAAACAACGACGACAACCGCGUCGAUGCCGACCGUCACUGCAACAACAGUAACAACGACAACGUCUACCGCGAGAAAAGCGUUUGGUAGCAGUUUUCACGGUAAUCACAAUCAGGAGUACGAUUCCACCACUACCGCGACGACGAGCUCACCCGAACCGGAAGAGUAUACAUACGAGGGCGCCAUUCGCGGUUAUGUGUCGAGGGUGUCGCAGAAUAUACCGAGGAGAUCUUUGACUGGGAUCGACUCCAAGCUGGAAGCGGCCAAGUCAUCGCUGAACGGUUCGAAAACAAAUUUGAAUGAUGACAGCAGUAAAACUCCGAUAGUGAAAAUCGACAUACUGAAGAGGCGCGAGGUGUUCGAGAAAGCGUCGCAGAAAAGUAACGACAGCAAAGCGAAUAAUAGGUUGUCCGGUGACUUCACCAGCACGAAGUCGAUCAAGGAAAGGCUGUCGAGUCUUGAGAGGCAGAAGUACGAGACGGAGAACGGCGACAAGAUCACCAGCAAGACGCUCAACCGGUUGUCCGGCGACAUGAGCUCGAUUCGCGAGAGGCUUACGCAUCUGGAAAAGCAAGCUUCGGAGCGAGAGAACAAGAGUUCCGUUCACCGCAAGCUCAGUACAGAGGAUCUGGAAACAGUAAAGCCUCUACGGGAUAGACUGUCCACGCUGGAAAAGUACAGCAGUAGCGACGAGUCUUCGGUACCGGCCGCGACGAGUGAGUUACGUUCGCACAACGGCGAGCUCACCGCCAGGACGAUCAAGGACCGUCUCAGCGCCCUAGACGCCGUUAGAAGCAAGGACAUAACUGACAAACGGGGACCCGCGCAUGUCGCCAAGCACUUACUCUGCUUCCGCGAUCAGGAGAGCAGAGUCGACACCUCGACACCUAGCGAGAGAAGCUCAUCACCCGAUUCGGAGUAUCGCGUGCCGCGGGCUGUCUUUCACAGAAGCUUGGAUUCUCUCGACGCGGACGCUUCCAGCGGUCCCGACACGUUUGAACGCGUUCAGAGCCUCGAAGAGCUCGAUUACGGACGGCGAUAUCCCGCUUCGUCGUCGUCCGCGGAACUUCUCAACGAUACAGACCGUGAAGACUCGGGCAUCCACACGGCAGACGUAAGCUGCUCGGUCAGCCAAGCGGAUGAGCCGAUCGACGAGGAGAUCGUGCAGCAUACCAGUGGCGCGACCGUCGAACGACGAGAAGCCGUCGUCGAAGAGAGAGUUAAGCUUACGUCCGGAGUUCAAGAGGACGUGUUAACAUCGAGCGACACUACUCACUCACAGUUCGCCAGUCACCGGGAGACAGUAGCGAUAAACAAGGGUACUGCUGACAUCUCUGGGGAACUAUCGACUAACAAACCGCAGCCGCAGACACUUGUAGAAACCACUACUACUAAUUCUAAUGCACUUUGUUCGUCUAAUAUUUCCGUUCCUCACGCGAUUAUCCACACGAACCCCAAAGUACCUAAGCGAGAAAUGUCUCUCGAGAGUCUUUCGAAAUCGCGCGCAUUCGACAAAGACGCGAUCGAGCUCAAGACAGAUUCCGAACCGAGUCCCAAUGAGUCCGUAGUGUCGGCUAGUUUGAAACUCUCUAUUGAACAAGCAAGACCGAAAUUCGCUGGCCAAUCAAAACGGCAGAACCUCUUUAAGGAACACUCUUCCAAUCUCACAUCUCUGCCGUCCUCGGACAACUCCAACGUGGAAACUUACCAAGUAUCGUUUUCCUCGAUUAAAACGACGACCGUUCAAACUAGUCUCCCUAUCGAAACUAAUUCGUCGUGUUUCAAACCCGCGACCACGUCCCGAACAACGUCCAAAAUUCCCACUCCUCUUCCUCGGAAAACCAAAUCCUCGCCGUCGAGUUCUGACUCUGUCUUGACGUUGUCCAGUGUCGUGCCCGCCGUCGCGGUCAAAACGUCGACCUCAAAAACAUGCAACGCAAUUAACAAAUCCUCGACGAGUCAAAUUUCCUUUUCGAUUCCGAGAACGUGCGAAACGCCGGAAUCUUUCGCGCCCUCGCAAGUAAGUUUAACGGAACAAUCCUCGUCUUCAUCCUCUUCCCCGUCGAGACUCCCAUCAACGAGACGCCACGAAGAAGCGCAGCUACCUGCGGAACGACGUCGAACCGUUGUGGAGGUGUGCGAGAAGGUGGUGGUACCUCAGGGCAAGACUUCCACGACGCCGCCGGUGACUCCAUUCAUCACGGUGAACCGCGUCGGCGCGGACAAGCAAAGCUACGAGGAACGGAUCGUAAUCGAGAAAGCAGAGGAAGAGACGGAGGUUGUUGCUGCGACGAACCAUCCAGUGGCUUCGGCAGUCGACCACGAGCCGCAGGAAAUCACGCAGGAAACGCCGACGAGUAUCGGGAUGCCCGCCAUGACCACCAUGAGAACUUGUGUUACGGACAGCGAUGUUCACGAUGCACCGGUCAAUACGAUUGUUACGUCGACUCCCAACUAUUCGCUGGAACAAUCAGCGAAUUUGAAUACAACUAACCAGGAACUCAAUUUAAUCGACACAUUGAACAGCUCCAGUCCAGCCUCGCCGAUUUCCAAACAGAUUCUUCCACUUACUUUGUCUACUGAUGAGGAGAUAAUUGCUGAUCAGUCUUUCCUUUUAAAUCCACCAACAAGCGUGGAACCUCCGAAGGAGAAACCGCCUCCGCCUCCGGUGGACAUUAGUGACGAUGAGAAAGAUCCUCCGCCAGAACCGCUCAAAAGAUUGAAUUCCACUCGCAGGAUAAAGAAAGAAUUACGCACAAGACGUUCGGAUUUUCUCGGUAUUGAGGGGGUCAAUGACGAUGAUCUUGAGCCUGAAUUAACGUUGACAAAACCACCGAACAUGGCAGCAAUUCUUGCUGAGGAAAGACGCAUCGAACAACUGCAUCGUCGUUCCUACGACACUGACAGCAACUACGAACAAGAUUCGAGCCACGAGAGGGACUCCGGCGUUGAACUAGGCCACGUCGAAGAUUGGGCGAAGCAACCUGUGAGUCCUGACAUGUCGCAGCACAGCAGGCAGAGUAGCGAGCCAUUUGGCGCCAGUGUGACUUCGUCUGAAGAAGACGAAAUCACAAAGAAGGAACGAGAAAUCAUCGAAGUUUUGGAGAAGGAGGAACAGUGGCGAUAUGGAGAUAAUCGCGAGUACAGCAGUGACUUGGGGGAAAGGCUGGCCCACAAAUUGCGCGAGCUUGAGGAAGAGAAGAUGCAGCUGGAGAGAGAGGCGAUACUGCGUUGCAAUGAAGACGCGUUUCGCAAGAGGGACGACAACGCACGCAAGCAAGAAGAUAUUUCGUCGCGCGAGCAAGAGCAACAGCAACACAAUGAGACAGCGAAACAGCGGGAGAUCAACGCGGGAACAGCAGAGGAGAAAGCAAAAUAUGUCGAAGACAAGAGGAAAGACGGCAAGAAAACCGAGAUGCAGUCGGAACAGCUGAGAAUGCAGAACAAAAUUGAAGAGAAGGAACGAAGAGUCGCUGAUGCGUGUCGCAAGGAGGAGAUGCGCAUCCGAACGAUAGAAAAUCAGAUUCGCGAGCAAGAGAACAAGACAUUGGUUGGUGCUGGGUUGAGCAGCAACGAAGAUGAAUUUCCUUCUGGGGAAGUACUACGAGUGGAAAGAGAACUUUUGCAGCUAGAGCAAGAAGAAUUAAAAAGGCAACGCAAUAACUUGGCUUAUCGUGAGCAAAAGCAACAAAGACUGGUCGAACAACUACAGGAACAGUGGAAAUCUUUGCAGGACGUUGCGCAGAAUUCCAUUAAAAAUACGCAGCAAUAUAAAUAUUAUGUUCCUGCUACAGUAAAUUACAGAUCCUCGAUGCCGAACUUGCAAUUCCAAGACGCUCCAAAAAGAAGACCACCACCCCCGCCAGUACCGCUUACCAAACCACGUAUGCCAGAUCAAAAACAGAGAGAUGUUACCAUUAGAAACAGCCGUAUACCAUCCGCGGAUUCGAUUCCUCAACAAGUAAAUGCAUCGAUUCUGGAAAGUUCAUCGACCAUAACGCUCACAAAUCACGCUAGCCAACAAAUGUCUAAGCAAACAUUACAGGCCUUAAGCGCGGUACCGCGACCGCGACUCGUUCAAGGUGAUCAGUGGGUGCAACGAAGAAAGAGUGACGUGCCAAGAGGUGCUCAUGAUGUAAAUUACCAACAUUGGCUUAUUCAGGAGGCAGAACAAAGGAGAAUUAACGAAAGAAAUCAAGUGAUGCGUAAAUCUCAAUCGCAUGUGACUGGUACCUCCGUACCAUACAAUGCUUUAAUUCGAGCAGAUAGCAAACCACUACCCGAUUCUAUUAUACAAACUCUAACACAGAGAGUACAAAAUAAAACACAGGACAAACCUCUUUCAACAAGAAGAAGGCAAGAACAAAUUCACAACCAAGAACCGUGUGGCAACCGUGUAUCAACCGUGCAGCAUCAACCGUUGCAAUACACAGUGCAAUCUCAGAAAACACAAAAUGCACCAACUGCAAGUAAUAACGGUAAUCAAGAGAAAAUGCUAAGCGUGAGCGGAAAGAAGAAGUGUUCGCAUUGCGGAGAGGAAUUAGGUCGGGGUGCAGCGAUGAUAAUCGAGAGUUUACGAUUGUUUUAUCAUAUGGAGUGCUUCAAAUGUUGCGUAUGUCACGUGCGUCUUGGCGAUGGACUAAUGGGAACCGACGUGCGUGUCCGAAACCAUAAGCUCCACUGCCAUAACUGUUACUCCAGUGACGACGGUGUCAAGUUCAGUUGUGUAUAGAGGCCUGCUGGAUAACGGAAUUAUGCUGAUUAACUUGAUUGUAAUGCUUUUCGACCAUAUUCAUUACAGUCUAUAAUCGACCUAUUCAGUUACUCUUGUCCAAAAGCAUCAAUCGAUUGUAUACAUAAAUAAAUGUGCGUUAAUGUAUCUUUAUUUGUUUUACUAGGAAAGGCUAAAAAAUCAUGUUAAGCCAGUUCAAUAUAUGCAUAUUCCGUGUUUUUAUUCGUCUUCGAAGUAAUUUUCUUCUGUAAACUUUGUAUGUACGCAACUAUUUCUGUACCACAACUAAUACAUAUACGCGAACGAUGUACAUAUAGGCAGGAGCGUUUAUGUCUUCACACAUGAAGUUGCACCAAUAUUAUCUUAACAGUGAAAACAAUAUCAUGUGUAAAGGCACUAACGCUUUUUGUCUGUAUAAUGUAUUUAUGUAAUUAGUGUAGAGACAAGAAAUUGUAAUUGUUGAAAAACAAUUUAGUGUAGAUGUAACUGGCGUCGGUGUAGAGCGACGCUGUAUAUUUUUGUAAUAUAGUUCUCGUACUAUUUAUAUCCAAAUAUAUUUGAUUUACUGGUCAAAUGACAGUAUACAUCGAUGUUCUAUCCAGCGAGUUUUUGAACAUAUUUUACGUCGAAUAACUUGCAAAGUCAUUUUGAUAUGUUAAUUAAUAAUUAUAAAGAGUGUUUUUUUCUUCCGCGCUAUAAUUUUGUCAUUAAUUUU